AUGGCCUCGCCGCUGCUGCUGCUGCUGCUGCUCCUGCCGCCCGCGCCCGGGUCCGGGGCCCCCGCGCCCGCCCCCGCCCCCGCCCCCGCCCGCCGCGCGCACCCCGACCCCAGCCGCGCGCACCCCCGGCCCGCCGCCGCCGCCGCCCGCGGGGGACCCCAAGGCCGGAGCGCGGCUGCUGAAAUGAACAGUUGGCCAGAAAGUAACACUGAACCACACGUAGAAAACGGCACCUUUGAUCAGAAUCAAGUGGACUUUUCAACAGUGAUUUCCAAGGAGGGUGUGAUGACUCAGACCUCCAGAAAGAGCCACACUUCUUCAAAUGCUCCAGAAAACCUCACUCCACAAACAGAAGCGACAGAUGCUAGAGGAAGAAAUGACACUUCCAGGAAAACAAAUUUCACCAUUUCCCCUGUUGGGCCUGAUGUAGCAACAGCUCUGACUUCCCAGAGUAUCACCACAGCUUUGGGAAUGCUUCACUUGCCAUCCAGCUCAGGGUCCGAAGGAAGAACUGCCCCUUCUCACACAGAGAGCACGACAUCCCGGGGUUCCCUGGCGAGACGAAAGGGGCUCCCAGACGAAGUGACUGUGCACACCCAAGUGGCUGCCACUUGGGUCUUAGGCCAGUUCCCUCUUCCUGCUUUGGAGACUGGAGAGGAGACCACACUCUCCAGGAAGAGGAACACCUCAGGACUGGCGCUCUCCUGGCCACAUUUCUCCAGGACACCGGCUUACUCCUCUCCCUUGGAGCCCUCCUCGGCUACUAGGAGCACAGAGGAGCUCGACGACUCCACUGUUCUCCCGAGUGCUUUGGUGAGUUGGACAGAGAGUGUGCGUGUUGCUACCACGUUCCCCAGCGGUGUCCCAGGGAGGCUCCAGUCUGUAAGCGUCAGUCUGCAACCUCUGAAUGAGACAGAGAGUUUCCCCGAAGACUCGGAAAUUGCCACGACUUCACUAUCAACUCAUUCCUCAUCCUUGGAGGCAGAGUUUCAAGGAACCAAGGAGAUCACCAGGAAGCCAGGGGCUGGAGAAUCCAUUGAGCCAUCCACAGAGAAUGGAUUUGGCCCUGCAUCUUCAGGGGUCUCAGUGAGAUUUUGGCAGAAUGAUUCCCCAACCUCGGGAGGGGACCAGCUGGCCAGCAGCUCGGAGGCAGGGAGCGGAAGGCCCACGUCCCGGACCGAGGCCGUGUCUCAGUCAGACCCGUUGGGCAGAAGUGGAGACAGCGCGGCGCGCCCGGCCUUGACCAGCAGCCACACCGCGGAGGACGUGAGCGGCGGCUCCACUUCCCAGCCCGACGCCCUCCUGUCCUCCUCCGCCCCCCGGUCUAGGGGAGGCGACCCGGCGCUGGGCAGGAGGAGCCACGCUGGGCCGGCCACCGAGUCUUUGUCCUCCUCCUCCUCAGAGAGCCUGGCUGCCUCGGCGCAGCGUGACGAGCGCUCCACCACCGAGGACGGUGCAGAGCCCGGAGGCAGUUCGGACGUGGAGGAGAGGACGGCGCAGGCCCACCCCCCGCACACGGCUGCCACCUUCACCCGGAACGGGGAGCGCACGCUGCGGUCUCUCGCCAACGCCAGCACGACUUCUGGGGACGUGGGGCGCUCUGCCGUCGUGCCUGGGGAGACCGACGGCGCCACCCCGCAAGGGGACGUGGCCGUGACUGGUGACGCCCGCCUGGUCUCGGGUUCACGGGCGGCCUCGCCAGCCCCGGGAGUCACCGGAGUCAGCGACAGUGGAGUGAGUGGCACGGACACUGAACAGAGGACUUCCAGUGACCACACAGACCACACCUAUGUCUCAUCCACUUUCACCAAAGGAGAACGGGUGUUGCUUUCCAUUAUAGACAACAGCUCAUCGGCGGACUUACCGGAGAGUUCCACCUCUGCUGCUAGGAUCUCCAACUCUUCACACUCAGACCAUUUCUCCUCUUCUCAGGCUCUGACUGAAAGAAGUAACGUGUCAUCCUAUGAAAGGGAGCGUGCUCAGCCCGCCACGGAGUCGCUGGCUCUGAGAACAGCCAACGUUCCAUCCUCCACACCCACCGUUAACAUGCCAAACACUUUGGUUCUUCUGGACACUGAGGCCAGAUCGAUGGAUGAUGACUCUUCUUCUUCUUCUGUUCCUUCUUCUUCAGUUUCUUCUUCUUCUUCUUCUUCUUCUUCUUCUUCUUCUUCUUCUUCUUCUUCUUCUUCUUCUUCUGUUUCUUCUUCUUCUUCUUCUUCUGUUUCUUCUUCUUCUUCUUCUUCUGUUUCUUCUUCUUCUUCUUCUUCUUCUUCUUCUUCUUCUUCUUCUUCUGUUUCUUCUUCUUCUUCUUCUUCUUCUUCUUCUUCUUCUGGACCCCUUUCGCCCCUGGCCUCAGUGUCCCAGGCCCAUCAGUUGUUGUCCUCAGUCUUACCAUCAAUUGGGGCCUCCACCCUUCCACUGCAGUCCACUCCCGAGGCACCCACACCUAUGUCUUCCUUGCCACCACCCUUCCCAAUAUCCCUGACAGCGUCUACUCCUGCGUCACCAUCUGCCUCCCAAACAACCCUCCCACCUUCACCUUCUACCCUGGUCCUCACCAGGGCAAGAGACACUACUGUGACUUCGGUUCAGAUGGAGACAGUGGCAUUAUCUGUGGCAAUGCUACCCAGUACUCAAACGGCAGAUCCUAAGAACCAGAGUAACCCAUACCAUGACAAAGUCAUUAUAGAGUCAAAGCCACCAAGCCUGCCGUCUCUGCCCACAGAGGCCACCAGAACUGUAACAACGAGGUCUACUUCAGGGCUCCCUACGCCCUCGACCUUAACAGAGUCCUCCACUCUGCAAACCCUUGCAGCCACGAGCACCAGCAUCACCCCGACAUCUCCAGCAUUGACAACCACUGUUUUCGAGACCUCUCGUCCCUUCAGCCCUGCAUCAACCACAGCAGCUCUGAUGGCUCACCCCACAACAGUACAGACCACGGCUGAAAACCAGCCCUUGACAACCAGCCCUGAAAUUCUGGCACCACGGAGCUCAACAGAAAGUGCCGUCACCACAGAAAGGAGCCAGAUCCAUGUCGAUGGUACCAGCCCAUUGACCCCUCUGACCAGUGCACCCACAUCACCAAAAGGAUUGACCCCAGGGCCUGGUGUGACCGAAGAGUACAGCCCGGCUUCACAUUUCCUCAGAACAUCUCCCCAAACCACAGGCGUUUCCACGCUCGAAGUACUGCCUUCUGAAUCUACCACCUUUGCUGCUCAGAGCAGCACGCAGCCACCAAAAGCAUUGUCAUCUCCAGCCUCAGUUAACAGCUGCGCCACUAACCCUUGUCUUCAUGAUGGGAAAUGCAUUGUGGACUCCACCAGCCAUGGGUAUCGAUGCGAAUGCUCACCUUCCUGGCAAGGGGAUGACUGCAGUGUGGAUGUGAAUGAAUGCCUCUUGAGCCCCUGCCCACCCCUGGCCACAUGCAAUAAUACUCAGGGAUCCUUCACCUGCAAAUGCCCAGUUGGGUACCAGCUGGAAAAAGGAAUAUGCAAUUUGGUUAGAACCUUUGUGACAGAGUUCAAAUUAAAGAAAACAUUUCUCAAUACCACCAUGGAGAAACAUGCAGACCUACAUGAAGUUGAAAAUGAGAUCACCAAAACAUUAAAUAUGUGUUUUUCAACGUUACCUGGUUACACCCGAUCCACAGUUCAUGCUUCUAGGGAGUCCAAUGCAGUGGUCAUGUCCCUGCAAACCACCUUCUCCUUGGCCUCCAACGUGACACUGUUUGACCUGGCCGACGGGAUGCAGAAAUGUGUCAACUCCUGUAGCUCCUCUGCCGAGGCCUGCCAACUCUUGGGAUCUCAGAGGCGGAUCUUUAAAGCGGGCAGCCUGUGCAAGCGGAAGACUCCAGAAUGUGACAGAGAGACCUCCAUCUGCACGGACCUGGACGGCGUCGCCCUGUGCCAAUGCAAGUCGGGCUACUUCCAGUUCAACAAGAUGGAUCACUCCUGCCGAGCAUGCGAAGAUGGAUAUAGGCUUGAAAAUGAAACAUGUAUGAGUUGCCCAUUUGGGCUUGGUGGUCUCAACUGUGGAAACCCCUAUCAGCUGAUCACCGUGGUGAUCGCAGCAGCAGGAGGAGGGCUUCUACUUAUUCUGGGCAUCGCACUGAUUGUCACCUGCUGCCGAAAGAGUAAAAAUGACAUAAGCAAACUCAUCUUCAAAAGUGGGGAUUUCCAAAUGUCCCCAUAUGCUGAGUACCCCAAAAACCCUCGCUCACAAGAAUGGGGCCGAGAAGCCAUUGAAAUGCAUGAGAACGGAAGCACCAAAAACCUCCUCCAGAUGACGGAUGUGUAUUACUCGCCCACAAGUGUAAGGAAUCCUGAACUUGAACGAAAUGGACUGUACCCGGCCUACACUGGACUGCCGGGGUCCCGGCACUCGUGCAUUUUCCCCGGACAGUAUAACCCGUCUUUCAUCAGUGAUGAGAGCAGGAGAAGAGACUACUUCUAAGUGCCGAAGCGCCAGGGAGGGCCCACCCCUCUGAGCAAGUUGCAGGACCUCGAGGCUCAGAGGACGGUGCCCCAGGAGGGAGCGGGGCACCCUGGCUGCUGCUGGGCCUCGCGGAGCCCCCCUGGGGCGCAAGCAGGCAGUGGGACAGGUGUGAGGGAUGCGGCCGCAGUGGAAGGGGCAGCCGGAGCCGCGACGCGCAACGGAGGGCUGCCCGCCGGGCACCUUCGCCCUUACUGUGAACGUGAACGUGGGCCGGUCCCGGGAGUCUCCUGGGCACUGCAGCUGCCUCCGGCCCCCACCCGAGGGCCGCGUCUUGGCCAGGGCACGGCGUCCGGCACCUUCGCCAGGACCCAGUCUUCCCUUAGUUUGCACUUUAGUAAAUUGGGUAGGGAGGUCUCUGUUUUUGGAUUUUUUUCCAAGACUGUUCCAAAAAGAAGGCCUCUUUUCCUUAGACACUUCCGUAGGCCUCAAUUUGGUGAUUAAUUUACAGCAAAAUACCGGCCCUUUGGUUGUUUUCUUGCCCUGUAUCUACAUGCUAACCAACAGAUGAUGAUGAUGAUGAUGAUGAUGAUGAUGAGCAUACCACUAAGGCUUGGAGAUGCUGCAGGUGAGCAUACAGUAUCUUAGUAGGGCUCUAGGUCUUUGCAGUUUCCAAGCCACCCCUCAAACUGAGGAAAUGUGCGAAGCAUAGCACACACUGCAUUUUUUUUAGCCAAGGUGACACAUUUAUUUAAGAUUGUUUUCUCCCUCCCCAGUUAAAUCUCACUUUUCCUAAUAAGUCUGCAUCAGGGCAAAACAGGUUGCAUUUGGUUUUCAUUGGAGGCCUCGCGGCGCCGGGUGCAGGCCCUGGCAGGAGGGUGGCAGGCCGCGGGGCGCCCCUCGUGCCCGGGGCCCUCCCGGGGACUCCGACGUCCACGUCGAGGUGGAAGCUGCUGGCACGUGUCGCAGAACCGGCCGCCGACUGAGGGGCAAGUGCACCAGGUUCCUGAGGAGGCCCCGGGAGCUUGGACCGAGCCGCGGCCCGUGAGUCUGCUUCCCUUCCCCGGGCAACUUUUUUGCCCCUGUCUGUCCUGGAUCUUGUCCACGUAGCGUAGACUUUACACUGUAAACUCGGUGUAAACGUCUGACCAGCUGCCCAGAGCUGUUUAUUCAUUGAAGAAAUAGCUUCUUUCCUCUCAUGCAGUCCUUGCCCGUCUUCAUACUACUGCCCGGGUCCCUCAGACACACGAUCAUUUGAGUCAGCUUCGGGGGACUGAAGACUUCGGGCCAGUUAAGGAGUUGAGAGGUUGCCUUUGGGAAGGAGAUGCCACAUGUCUUAUUUAUUGCGCCUGUGACCUGGGUCGUGUAGGGGAGCGGGGGGCGUCCCUGGUGCACGGGGUCUUUAAGCGCUACUUGUGGAACUGUGAUCAUUCUCCUGUGCUUUGGAAACAUGCCGCUUUGGGAUAGAGAACACGGUGGCAAAAGACUGUUCCACCCUGAAGCUUGGAGCUCAGCAGCACCCACAUUUCUGGAAGCGGUGCAGCCUUUGGGACAGUUCUGUCCUGGGCAUGGGUGUUUCUUCCGAGUUCCCUUAUCUCUUUAGAAUGUGUCUCAUCCUUACUGUUCUGUAAUCCUCAUCCUAAGAGUUUUAAGUGUCAACCUCUGUGUCCCAUGGUCUCCACGAGCCACCGUUCCCCUGCUGCAGCAGGUACACGAAUCAGGUGUGAUACUUCGUAGUCAUUACCUGGGACUCCUCGCCUGAGAUACACGUUCUGUUUUUGUCAGUGGUCGCCAGCCGACAGUGUCAGAGCAUCACCUUUCUGAAAUCUUGGGGCUUGCGUGUCGCUGGGGAAGCCAACAGCCUGUGUGCCUCCCCGUCUCCCAUCUCCGGAGAGCUCCGAGCUCCUGCCCUCCGCUCAGCUGGCCCCAGCGGGAAGGGGUGGGGGGCGCUAUCCCCGGGCAUACUUAGCUGAAGGUGUCAGGUGAUGUCACAGCUGAUAAAUCAUCUCCUGUGUCAGGACCAGAAGCUAUAAGCUACACAAAAUGAAGUGUUCUGUCUCAAAAGCAUUCUUGAGAAGAACCCCAAAGUCCAGAAAAGAGCGUCCUGUGAGUUCCAAGAAUGCUUUCCUGUGAGGUUUUGUGCACACCAAGUGGAUUAAGAAUGUUGCUUUUCCUUUACUGUGAAAAAGGGGGCCCCCUACAAUGUUAGGUUCAAAUGUAUCUCAUUUCUAAGAGGCCGUGGCGUUGGGGAGAGGCUAUGUCAAGAGCAUGAGGGUCUGAGAAGGCACGACAGCAGCUUCACGUCCGCGGGGCUUCCCGCCUCCUGCAGGGCCGGCAGGGCUGGCAGCAGAUGACCAGCAGGCCAGCAGCUCUCGGCUCCGGCACAGGUGCCCGGCGUCAGCCCCUGCACCUGCGAUGUGUGAUGCGUGAUGCGUGUGCACAGAAAGGCCACGGCCCCGCCUCACUGGGGCCCCACCAUAGGGACACUUGCCUGCUCAUGAGGCUUAAACCUCUGGAGGGACGGGCGGGGUCCGGUGGGAGCCACGUGUCCUGGAGCAGACCCCAGACUGCACGGGGACUCUCAGAGCAGGACAAGGGUCACCUCCAGCCUCCUGGCAGCUGAGCGUUUUAUUUAAACUCCCCAGGGCCCUGUUUCUCCUGUCUUUUCCUCUCUGCCCCAUGAGCCGGCCCAGGGCCCUGGAGACAAUUGAAGCCCCCCUGUCACAACCAGGAUCUCCAGCGUCCCCACCAUGACCGGGCUCUGUGCAACGUCCUCGGCCUCCCCACAGCCUUGCGAGGCGUGCAUCCGAGCGUCCGUGUCUUACCCGUGUGAACUUGCAGAGAGGAUACGUAUCUGCCUUAGCGAGCCAGGGUUCAAGCCCUUUGCCCAGCCUUGCCCUCCUGGGGAAGGCCUCGCCAUCCAAAUGCACCUUCAGUGUCAAAGAGGGCAUGAGAGACGGGCUUAAAUAUACUUUAAAAAAAACAAAACAAAACCCUAAUAUUAGUAAGCAUCACCAGAACUAAUGACAUGAAAUGCAUAAUAAAAUAAAAUAAAAUAAAAUUUGAAAAGUCGAAUCCUUUUUGAAAAAGUCCUUUGGGGUUCAUCGCAUAUAUUUCUUGGACACGUGAGGUCAUCUUUAAGAAAAUAGCGGCUGGCUGUGUUUAGCAAGAGUGUACUAGUACGUGGCUUUGGGUGUACGAAGGGUGAGGUGAUGGCCUGGCUUUGGGCAAGUGCAGCCUGCCUUAGAGGCGCCUCUGACGGCUGCUUUGCCUGGUUCCGGCAGUAAGGCGGUGGCUCCCACGUACAGGAAGCAUAUUUUUGUGAACGUGAUCAGAGUCGUGAACGCAUUCAGUUGGGUGUCUUAAAUGCUGACAAAUCUUCCUCUUUUGAUGAAAAACUUAUUUUCAGAAGCAGCUAAGUCAUUUGGAGCCAAAUUUGUUGAAUGGGUAGUGAGAUCAAGCUGGCUGCUUGCAUUUGAUGUGAUAGACAAAGAUGUGACCCUUGGGUUCUCGAAGAGGUCAUUCUUAAAGGUGGCCCGGGCUGAAGGGCAGCGUCUCUGCAGUACAAGGGCUGGACGGCCGUCCAAAAAGAUGUUUUUGAAGGAUGGUAUUUAUUCAGAUGUGGAAGUUCCCAGAGCAGGCACGUCUGGAUCAUCCCUCAUGUGUGGCCUUGUGGGGUCUCCACGAAGCCCUCUUGCCCACUGGCCACGUGCCCGGGUGCCUGGUAACUCUGGGAACUUUCCCUGAAAAGCUAAGACUGAGCAUUCUAGUUGCUCCUGGCUUAGUUUAGCCUACCGCACCCCAAAGUAGGGUUCUGACUGAGAGUUCUAAGGUAUUUCCCCUGAUUUCAAAACUAGAGCCCUUCUUUGGAGACAGGAAGAAUGCAGAUUUCAAUAUUUUACGAUUUUCUGUCUUCUUUAAUACUGCCCUUAAAGGACGCCUGGGUGGCUCAGUGGUUGAGCAUCUGCCUUCGGCUCAGGUCAUGAUCCUGGGGUCCUGGGAUCGAGUCCCACGUCGGGCUCCCUGCAUGGAGCCUGCUUCUCCCUCUGCCUGUGUCUCUGCCUCUCUGUGUCUCUCAUGAAUAAAUAAAUAAAAUUUUUAAAAAUAAAAUAAAACUGCCCUUAAUACCAGAGAUAUUUUUUCUACAUGAAGACUUGCAGGGCUUAAAAGGGACAUGUCAUUUCCUCCUUCUUGACAAAAUAUUAUUCUGAGGUUCUCAUGUGCGUUUUUGGAAACCAAUAUAAUGUCAUAGAGUUGUCUUUUGAGUAUGUGUUCUUUUUAUUUUUCUUUUCUGAAAUCCCCAGAGAAGGAGACUGGUUAAAAUCCUAGAAAUAUUAAAGUAUUAUAUUUGUUAAUUUGUUGUGCUAAAGUAUCUUUUCAAUAGUGUUAUAAUCCAUCCUAUUUGGUGUCAACUGCUCACAAAAAAGCCAUUGAAACCGAUGGGGACAAUUAAGGUUUGUAAAGAGAGAUCUUACACCAGCUUCGUCCCCUCUGCAUUUUUUUAGGGGGACAUUUCAAAGGAUUUUUAUAGUAGAUUCUGGUUUUAUCAUAUUUUCUUUGGACACGGAAUGCAGGUGCAUAUUUCUUGCAUAGGAAGGAUGGGACUGGACAGGGGUGGGAUGGAACCACUCUAUCUGGGAAACUCACCCAGAUUUCUGUAUUACUUUUGCCUAUUUCUUUAAAAAAAAAAAAAAAGGUCUUUCAUCAUGGGUUGCUGUGAGUUUUGUUAAUGUUUGUGUUGCUGGAUUUAUGGUUAAAUGAAGCAUGUAGCUGGCAUAUGAACUUCUUGAGUUUUCACAUUGUCCUGAAUUUCUUUUUGCAAACCUUUAUACCUUAGCCCCUGAUUGAUUGUGUUAAAAACAUUAUGAGAAUGUUAUUUAAAGUUGUAUUAUAAUUGCCACCUCCACUAAUUAUUCAGUACUGUAGCAGCAAAGUAUUAUUUGUAAGAAUUUGGUUAUUUUUAUACUUAUAUCUACUUUAAGUCUGGCGUUCUAGUCAGUAAA